AUGGCCAGUCAAUUGUUCAUUAGACAUCAUUUAAGAUUUUGUAAUCCUCGAGACUUUUGCCUAAUUUGUUGCAUGGAAGUAUGGAUGAAGCUAUGCAUAUCCAGACAAAUUCUAACACAAGAUUUAAACAUGUGUUUAAACUUUUUUAUGAAUUACUUUAUUUCUCAGCAUAGUUCUGGUUCUUUAGAAACUUUACCAACAUCUGCUGUUAAUUCAUCUGUAACGAGACUUUUGAAGGGGAUCGCUGCCCUUCUUUUCUCAGCCUAUAACAAAAAUCUGAUAAAUAAUUCAUUCGACCAGUUAAAACCAAACCAUUCUGCGCUUAGUUUAAGAAAAUCGAAUGCCCUUAUUCAUCAGAGUAAAAGGAAGGGAAGGAGGAAAAGGAGGAGGCCGAGGUGGAAGAGGAGGAAGAAAAUUGGAUUGCCUACCGUUAGCCUCUGGCUCGACGCCAUCUUAGAGCCAAUGGUUAAAAAAAUCGUCAAAACUCGUUUUUUUUUUACCCAUUCACCUUUUUUUAUCAAGUAUAAUGAAGCAAAUGUACCUUUUUCAAUCAAAAUGAACAAGAGCAACCUAGAAGUUGUCGAAGAUUUUUUUAUCUCUUACACCCCACAUCAAAUUGACUAUACUUUUAUUAGGUUACGAAAGUGCACUGGUGUAUUUGUCUGGGUGUCUUGGUACGGUAUUUUGACUAAAGCCACAAAAAAGGAGGUCUUGAGGUACUACAUCAAUAAUAGGAUUGUAUAUUUAGCAUACCUUGAAAUACAAGACCCAUUCUUCAUCACCAUCCAGCCGACUAGAAAACAAUCUAAAAGGAUGAGUUUUAAUGACCCGAAAGAAGUGACAUUUCAGCAAGUACUUGCUCCUCCUACAGCCCGUAUGACAACUCCCAAUUUAAACCUCUCAAAUUGCUUUAUUUAUAGCCCUGCUGUGAGGCGCUUGAAGCGCUGUAAUGAAGCUGUAAUAAGGCUUCACAUAAAAGUGCAUCCAGCCGAAUUAAAAGGUGGAAAUAAGGUUAUUUAA